AUGCGCACACAGAUGGAAACCAAUAGAGCAAUUACCGAUUAUGAUGAACCUCUAGAGAAGCCUGUUGUUUCCCAAGAUGAAAAUGAUUGCACAGAAUCCACAGACUCAUUCACAGAGUUUGCUGGUGAAAGCAUAUCUCAUUAUUCCAACAACCCCGAAUCCAAACACCGCAUCACCUUUGCUCCCGAGCUAGAGGUGUGUGAGAUUCCACACCGAGAAGACAUGACCGAUGAGGAAUACCAUCUCGCUUUCUAUUCGAAAAAUGAAAUUGCCUUUAUGAAUGAAGAGCAAAAUGAAACAGCGGAUCGCAUUGAAGCUGGUAAGAAAGCCAAGAAAUCAACGACUUACAGGGGGCUAGAAGCUUGGACGCAAAUGGGACAACAUGAAAUGAACCAAAGGAUCUUCUCCUGUGUUGAUUCUGUCCUUGAUGAACAGGACAAGCAGUGGACCAAGGGGCGCAACAGCACUCGGCGAAUCGCCAAAGCUUCCAAAGGCCUUACCAAGACCAGCCGAAAAAUUGCCUUGGAGCUUGCCAAGCAAGAUGAAAAGGAAGCUCGUAAGGUUUAUGAGGAACACUUGGAUGAACACGAUAAAGCGGCGCAAGAAGAACCAUUCCACCUUCCUCUCGUUGCUGUGAUCACCAACAGCACCAUUAUGAAGAAAUCUAAGAAGUACACUCCAGACUCUCUCAGGUCUCUGAACGCCAGCAGUCAUUCGAUGGAUCUUGGUCUUUCAAUGCACUCUCACGAUUCUUGUGACAGUGGCUUAUGGUCACUCUCUUCCAGUUCCAUCUUGGAAAAACCUACCACGCCAAAGAAGAAAAGAAAAUCCAAGAAGAAGUCUGCCGCAAGAGAGGGCAAGGCUGAAAAAGAAACACCUGCCAAGACUACCGCAUCACGACGAAAGAAGAUUAACAAAGUGAUGGUUGUCUAA